UGGAAGUUUAGCCACACAACGCUGAAGACCUGUCCUGAGGGUGCUCUAGAAAGUCUCCAGAGGGUCACUUCAUGGGGGAAAAUCCUGCCAAGAACCACUAUGCACUACUUAACCAGGGAGAAGAGAAUGAGAUGGAGAUUUUUGGCUACAAAACCCAAGGCUGGCGGAGGGCUUUGUGCAUUGCUGGCUACAUCUUGUCCUGUGGGGCUCUGCUGCUGCUGUUUUACUGGAAGCCCGAGUGGGAUGUGUGGGCAAACUGCACCCGCUGCAGCUUGGAAGAAGCAGAAGUCUUUCUGCUCAGAACAACAGAUGAAUUUCGGAUUUAUUCUCGUAAGACUGUGACAUGGAUCUCUGUGUCUGCACUUAUCAAAAGUAGAUCAGAUUAUCCAGCCGCUGCUGAUGAGGACUCAAUCUUCAGCAAAGCCAUAAUGAAGCCAAGUUUGCAAGUGAAAAGUAUCCAAGUACAAAAAAUCCGCUAUGUCUGGAAUAUCUAUGCAAAGCAGUUCCAGAAAGUUGGAGCCCUAGAAGACCACUACACCUGCUCAGCUCUGCAUGCCAAAUUUGGUUCUGGUCUCACCUGCAAUGAACAGAAUGUCAGGAGAGUUAUAUGUGGGCCAAACACAAUUGAUGUUCCAGUAAUCCCUAUUUGGAAACUACUCAUCAAAGAGGUCUUGAACCCAUUUUACGUGUUCCAGCUGUUCAGUGUGUGUCUGUGGUUUGCUGAAGAUUACAUGGAAUAUGCCACUGCCAUCAUAAUCAUGUCUCUUCUCUCAAUUUUUUUGACUGUUUAUGAUCUUAGACAGCAAUCGGUUAAACUGCACAGACUGGUUGAGUCUCAUAACAACAUCAUGGUCACUGUCUGCAGAAAUAAAGAAGGUUUCCAAGAGCUGGAAUCACACCAUCUUGUUCCUGGAGAUAUGCUGGUUUUGAAAGGGGGCAAAACCCUUUUGCCUUGUGAUGCCAUCCUGAUAAGUGGGCAGUGCAUUGUAAAUGAAAGCAUGCUGACAGGGGAGAGUAUUCCGGUAACAAAGACCCACUUACCCCAAGCUGAUAACCUCAAGCCCUGGAGAACACACUGUGCAGAGGAUUACAAAAAACAUGUCCUCUUCUGUGGGACAGAAGUCAUACAGACCAAGGCCGGUGACGGAGGUGUAGCGAAAGCUGUGGUGCUCCAGACUGGUUUCAAUACAGCUAAAGGGGAUCUGGUGAGGUCCAUCCUCUACCCCAAGCCCAUGAACUUCAAGCUGUACAGAGAUGCUUUCCGGUUCCUGAUGUGCCUUGUAGCAUUUGCAGCCAUUGGAAUGAUCUACACAGUGUGUGUAUUUGCACUUAGUGGGGUGAAGACAGGAGAAGUGGUGAAGAAGGCUUUGGAUGUUGUUACUAUUGCUGUCCCCCCAGCUCUGCCAGCUGCCUUGACAACGGGGAUCAUUUAUACGCAGCGGAGGCUGAAGAAAAAAGGCAUCUUCUGCAUCAGCCCACAGAGGAUCAACAUGUGUGGACAGCUAAACCUCAUCUGCUUUGACAAAACUGGCACCUUAACAGAAGAUGGCCUGGAUCUUUGGGGCUUGCUGCCCUCUGAAAGAAACUGUUUCCAGGACAUUCACAGCUUCCCUGCAGACCACAGCCUGCCUUGGGGGCCAGUGUUCAGAGCCAUGGCCGUUUGUCAUUCACUCAUUGUUUGGGAGGGCAAGAUUCAAGGAGACCCGCUGGAUGUGAAAAUGUUUGAGGCCACUAACUGG